ACUUUCACAUUCUGAAAGAAAUUACGCCAUGUUCUUGACUACAGCUUGCACAGCAGCUCAAUUUUUAUACAAAUAACACCACCUUCAAUCUUAUGUUCUCUGUCGUUGACAUUUACUGAUUAACCAUUUCUGAAGAAUAUGACAAUGAUUUCCUCGUAUACAAUAUGUGACUCAGACUGUUCCAAAGCUGCCUUAUUAUUCUUGACACUUUAAAAGUAAAAGACUUCUACCCAGGGGAUGAAUCAAAGUACUGAAGCAUGAAUCGGGGAAUGUGACAAUGUUAAACUAGGGAUUCCAUCAUUCAUCCAAAGAUUGUGGUUGAAGUGGGAGAUGGGCUUAGUUUAUAUGAUAGUGUUGCAUAGACGACCACAAAAAGAUGUUUCAUCAUCGUGAAAAUGAAUGUUUCAUUGACAGUUAUGGCAGGGAGACCCAGUGGAUAAUAGAAAGAAGUGGGCACCAAGACAGACACCUGGGGAACUCAGGAUAUGACUGGUCAAGGGUGGCAUUUGAAGCAGUGACUUAUAAUGGACCAAGUGCAACCACUAAAGGAGUGUGUUUGUGUUUCCCAUCGAUUUGUUCCACCUGUCAACGAGGAUACUGUGGUGUUAAAUGCAGCGCGGAGAAUUGAAAGAAAUCUGCUGCCAAAGGGAGCUCAUUUAGGAUUUUGAUGGAGGCUGCUUUCAUGCUCUGCAGGUUGAAGGUGCGUCUGAACCAGACUUCUUGAGGGUGGAGGUUAUAGACGCUUGUUUUAAGCAUGUGGUAACCACAGGAGCUUGGAGAGAAGGUAGGGGGAAAGUCACAAUGGUAGGUACAAAGUUUGGAUUUCGUCUGUGCAACAAAUUAAGUGGAAUUGGAAGUGGCUGGGAGAAAGAUACUAUAGAAGUGAAGUGGUCAUUGUGCUAUUGUGAUAUUUUCCAGUCCAAAAUCCUCUGCCAAAGGGAUCCAUUGAGGAUUCAUUGAGGUGCUUCCUUCUCUGGAGUUAGGAAGAACAGGAUGGAUAGAACACGAGACAAAAUGGCCAUUAUGUUUCUGCUGCUCCUCAAGCUGCCAGCGAUGGAGACAGCCAGUGGGAAAGUGUUAGAGGAGACUUAUCACAAGUGGAUCCAGUAUAGAGAUGACUGUAUCAGGAUGAUUGACAAUGAACCAGUCCCUCAAGAUGGUUUGUUCUGCAACAGGACAUUUGACAGAUACGCCUGCUGGCCAGAUGCUCCUGCUGGGUCCCUAAUCAACAUCUCCUGUCCUUUCUACCUGCCCUGGUAUGAUAAAGUGUCUCAUGGUGUUGUGCGUCAACGCUGCGGCUCAGAUGGCCUUUGGGAGCUAGAGGAUAACGGGCACGUGUGGCGGGACAAGAGUGAGUGCGAAGAGGAAAAAGAGGUGACAUCUCAGGAGAUGUGGUUCAAAAAAAUGAUGGUGAGCUUCAGGACGUUAUACACCGUUGGCUAUUCCCUUUCUCUCUUCACCCUCGUCACCGCUCUCAUCAUUCUGCUGAGCAUUCGGAAACUGCAUUGCACACGGAACUACAUCCAUGCAAACCUCUUCCUGUCUUUCAUCCUGCGAGCCGUGUCUGUCAUUAUCAAAGACACCAUGCUGGAACGCCAUUGGGGACGAGACAUUAUGAAACCCACGGACGUGAGCGAGAUGCUCAGCCAUCAGGCUGCUAUCGGCUGCAGGCUUGCGCAGGUGUUGAUGCAGUACUGUGUGCUCGCCAACCACUACUGGUUCUUUGGAGAGGCCAUUUACUUGUACUCUGUUCUUAUUGCCUCGGUGCUCAUCGACAGCAAUAAAUACCUGCCGUACAUCUGCCUUGGCUGGGGAACCCCACUUCUCUUUGUGAUUCCUUGGAUGGUGAUGAAGCUACUGAAAGAAAACAAAGAGUGUUGGGCUGUCAAUGAGAACAUGAACUACUGGUGGAUCAUUCGUUCGCCCAUUCUUUUUGCUUCCCUUAUCAACUUUCUGAUUUUCCUGAAAAUUCUCAAGGUUAUUUUGUCCAAACUGCGAGCCAACAACCAGAGUGAAUACCCUGGUUACAAAGUGCGGCUCGCCAAAGCAACCCUGACCCUCAUUCCUCUGUUUGGGAUCCAUGAGAUCAUUUUCAUCUUUGCAACAGAUGAGCAAACAUCUGGCUUUCUGCGCUAUUUUAAAAUCUUCUUCACACUUUCUCUCAAUUCAUUCCAGGGUUUUCUGGUGGCUGUUCUCUACUGUUAUUCAAAUAAAGAGGUGAGGACAGAGCUGAAAAGGAAACUGCGUACCUGGAGGUUAGAAGCUGAGAUUGUUUGCUGUGGACAGUGACUAGCCGGGCUUGACACCCGCAUAGACACUUUUUCUACUGCCACGGUGCCAGACUGCAACAGAUCGUCUGUCAGUACAAUGAGAGUGAUGGCCAAUGCCUCGCCCACUCUGAACAGCCCUUUCAUUUUAAGGCAUCAGAUUAAACCAACCAACCAGCAACCAGAAUCCCCACUGCUGCAUUGUCCCGCUGUGCUAAAUGGUGACAGCAUCCUGCAGCAUCCAGACGAAGAUGAGGCUGUACUGGCGUCAUCUGUACCCAUGCAGGUGUCCUUCAUUAUUCAUCUUCAAGAGCCUGUGGAGUUACUUCCACAUGUUGCAGAUCAAGAGUCAGACUGAUGGGUGGAUUUAUUGUUCAAGUCAAAACCAAUGUGGGAUUUUUGUACAAUUGUGGCAUUGUGUCGUCUCUGUGAAUACACAAGCGCUAUAAUUCAUGAACUGAGCUCUUAUGGUUGUUGUGUAAACUAGUUAAUUACCUCCGACAAGCACAUGAGCAGUGCAGAGGUUGUGUUUUCACUGGCAUUUAUCUGUUUGUUUGUAUUCAAAAUAACAGGAAUUGACGGAAAUGGGAUAUUGAAGAAGUGAUUACAUUUUGGGGCUCACCCCCAAAAUAGUUCCCAAUAGGUUCCCAAAAGUGGGGUACGUGUAUCCCAAGGAACCAUCUAAGAAUCAAGUUUAUUUGUAGUUCUAAAUGUAAUAAGGUGCAUUUUUUUCUCCCUCACUUGUUAGUCUCUCCUACGUGGUUCUGCUGUUGUCCGGCAGUCGCUGUUACAACAUCGUAUGCAGAUAAUAUUCAAAUUAUAGUAAAUAGCUACUUUUCAUACUGAGGACUUGGCAACAGGGCUUGGCAAUGGGUGUUGUAGCUCCGCCUACCCCUUCAUUUCAAGUCAAGCCUGGUACCCGACCACACAGUUGUUUUAAUUGUCCAUGUCCAUGUGCACAUUUCGAA